AUGGAACACUCACCACACAACAUUAUGGAUUCUCCUUUGAUAUUACAAUCUGAGGUUUUGCCCGACAAACACAAAUGGAUCAAAAUCGUCCUCUGGGCCUUCGUGGCUGCCGCAAUUGUUGGACUAGUAGUCAGAGACAACACUAGUUAUGGAGUACUAUCAGGAGCAGAAAAAUAUACUGAGGGGAUGACAGCCAAUCAAGGAGAUAUUGUAGAAUCAGAUGCGGGAGUUGUUGCAACUGAUGAUGCUCGAUGUUCUGAAAUUGGUGUUUCAUUGAUUAAGCAGGGUGGACAUGCUGUUGAUGCUGCAGUGGCGGCUGCAUUAUGCAUUGGUGUUGUUCUCUCAGUUUCAAGUGGAAUAGGGGGUGGCGCUUUCAUGGUUGUUCGAUCUUCUUCAACCUCCCAAGCACAAGCUUUUGACAUGAGAGAAACUGCGCCUUUAGCUGCUUCAAAGAAUAUGUAUGAGAAAAAUCCAAAAGAUAAGAGAUUAGGUGCAUUGUCAAUGGGAGUUCCUGGUGAAUUAGCUGGCCUUCAUGCAGCUUGGUUGAAGCAUGGACGAUUGCCAUGGAAGACCUUACUCCAACCAGCUAUAGAACUUGCUGAAAAUGGUUUUGUUGUGUCUCCUGCUCUUGGAGGUUACCUAGCUAAAGAUGCCAAUAAGAUAUUGGAUGAUCCUGGGUUAAGAAAAAUAUUUGCACCCAAUGGAGUUUUGUUGAAAGAAGGGGAUUUGUGUAAAAAUGUGGAACUCGGUCGCACCUUGGAGAUAGUGGCAGAGCAAGGACCACAAGCUUUCUACAAUGGUACCACUGGUGAAAAGUUAGUCAAUGAUGUCAGAAAAGCUGGUGGGAUUUUAACAAUGGAGGAUUUACGCAAUUACAGGUUGGAAAUAACAGAUGCAAUGACUCUGAAUGUGAUGGGAUACACAAUAUAUGGAAUGCCACCUCCUUCAUCCGGAACACUUGCUCUUUCUCUGGUUCUGAACAUCUUGGACAGUUAUGGAGAUCCUGAUGCUGCAAGGGGAAAUCUUGGCCUCCAUCGAGUAAUAGAAGCUCUGAAAUUCAUGUUUUCUAUUAGAAUGAACUUGGGUGACCCCAACUUUGUUGAAAAUAUCGAUGAUACUAUAUCAAAAAUGCUUUCUCCAUCUUUUGCAAAAGAUAUUCAGCAAAAGAUUCUUGAUAACACUACUUUCCCUCCAGAUUACUAUAUGAACAGGUGGAGUCAACUGAGAGAUCAUGGAACAAGUCAUUUGUGUAUUGUUGAUGCUGAUAGAAAUGCUGUAUCACUAACAAGUACUAUAAACUAUCAUUUUGGAGCGGGGUUUCGUUCUACUUCUACUGGUAUUUUGGUCAACAAUGAGAUGGAUGACUUCUCUACACCCACUGAUAUAUCCCCUUAUAAACUACCUCCAGCUCCAGCAAAUUUUAUUGAACCAAACAAAAGACCAUUGUCUUCCAUGACUCCUCUUAUCAUAACAAAGGAUGACGAGUUGGUUGGGGUAAUUGGAGGGAGCGGUGGAAUGAACAUUGUUCCAGCAGUGAUCCAAGUCUUUAUUAAUCAUUUCAUCUUGGGAAUGAAACCCUUGGAUGCAGUUCUGAGUCCAAGGAUCUAUCACACGCUAAUACCAAAUGUAGUUCGUUAUGAGAACUUGACUGCACUGAAUGGUGAUCAGAUUGAGCUUUCGAAAGAAAGAAAGAUAUUCCUGGAAGAAAGAGGUCACGAACUGAGUGAGUGUGAAGUACUUGCUGUCACUCAACUUGUUGUCCAAAAUUUCAAAACCCCUAUCAACAUGAAUAGGAAAAUUGGUGAAAACAUCAACUUACAUUCAAAGCAUGGUACUCUUAUUGCCGUAAGUGACCCUAGAAAGGGUGGUUGUCCAGCUGCUGUUUAA